AUGAAUAAGAUCCGAGCUAUCCAGGAGCUGAACAAGAGAGAAAUUGAAAAUGGAAUAUCACCCGAGGGCUCAUGGCAUGUCGACUACCGCGACACGGCGUUCAUCUAUUUCGGCGGUCUCCCCUACAGCUUGACCGAAGGCGAUAUCAUCACCGUCUUCUCGCAAUUCGGCGAGCCCGUCUUCCUCAAGCUCGCGCGGGACAAGGAGACGGGUAAAUCCAUGGGCUUCGGGUGGCUCAAGUAUGAAGACCAGCGCAGCACAGACCUAGCGGUAGAUAACCUCGGCGGCGCCGACAUAAGUGGGCGGAUCAUCAGUGUUGAUCAUGCGCGAUACAAAGCCAGAGAUGAUGAGGACCCCAAAGAGUUCGAUGUUAGCUGGGAAGCCAUGAUGCGGAGAGAAGGCAAGCUCAAGGAUGAGGACAGUGAGGAAGAACAAGAGACCAGGCCAAUGUUGCCAGAAGAGAGCGAGUUGGCGAUGCUGAUCCGUGAUCACGAUGAUGAUGAUCCGAUGAAGGGGUUUUUGGUGGAUGAGAAGAAGCGUGAGGUUGAGGAGGCGAGGCGAAGGGCAGAUACGAAGGAGAGACAUGGGGACAAGCAUAGACAAAGGCGAAAGAGGAGGGAUCAGUCCCCAGAGUCAAGGAAUAAGAGGCACGGGAAAAGCGGUACAGACAGGGAGUCGAGACGACAAAGGGGCGACUCGAGGGACGGAGAGAGGCGGCACAGGCGAAACCGUGAUCAGGACAGUGACAAAAGAAGGGACAGGCGGGAUCGCGACGACGAGGAACGAGAGAGGCGUAGAGAUAGAGAACUCUAUCGCUCAAGACAUGACAGGAACAGAUCUCAAGAACGGCACAAUGGUCAGGGGGACGAUGAGCGGAGGCGGAGAAGAAGCCGCUCGCCGCGACGUCGUCAAGACUAA